UAUUAGUAGGUUGUCUUACACCAACACUUAAAGAAAAGGAAAUUAAUAAAAAGAGAGAAUGGUGAGAAAAGGUAGUUAUGACAGAAAUGGAAUAAAAAAAGGUGCUUGGAGUGAAGAUGAGGAUAACAAGUUGAGGUCUUACAUUCUCAGAUAUGGUCACUGGAAUUGGCGAUUGCUCCCCAAAUAUGCUGGAUUGGCAAGAUGUGGGAAGAGCUGCAGACUUAGGUGGGUAAAUUAUUUGAAACCAGGUGUCAUAAAGGGCAAUUUCACCAAACAAGAAGAAAAUCUCAUCGUCGAAUUGCAUUCCCAGCUUGGACCAAAGUGGUCUUCAAUUGCAGCAAACCUUCCGGGAAGAACUGACAAUGAUAUCAAGAACUUCUGGCACACUCGUAUACAUAAACGCCGCCCUAACCGAAACCAAAUCCCCAAAAUUAUUACAAGCCCUAUUACUACUGCUGAAUUAGCUUCUUCCAAGGAAAAUUGUGACCAUGUUACUUUUAGCAACGAAACUGGAAACGAAUCAGCUUCGUCGUCUAUCAAUAAUGCUAGUUCCACGGUACUAUCCUCUGAUGAAGCUGAUUUAUGGGGUGAUGAUGUAUUUCUGGUGGCAGAUAUUAAUACCACCAGCCAAAAUGAUUAUUUCUCACCACUUCAUUACGCUGAAAUAACCGUUGAGGCCGGGAAUUUGUCGAGCGAAAUUUUUGCAUCAAAUUUAUCGGUAGAGGAAUUAGAGGGAGGGAUUUAUGAUGAUGAUUUCAGUUACUACGAUUAUGGAAUGGAUUUGUUUAGCUAACAUCUAUCAUAAAUUAUUAUUGAUGAA